GAAGACCAGAAGUGCAGGUGCAGUUGAAGUAUCUGUUAGUUUAUAGUCUACAUACAUGUUGGUCGUUCAUGGAAAGACGAAGCCCUCAAGCAUCUACACUACAAAUUUACAAUGAUGAGCAAUUUCAGUGAUCAAUCUAUAACCAAGAGGAGCAUGCCGCAGUUCAGUGCAUGUGCCUUUGUUCAACGGUACCUUAAACAGAUAUGUGCUGAUAUAGUACAAGUUUUUUCGUGCCAUUAGAAGAGCGUAUAGCUCUACCACACAAUGUAUGGCUCCCAAAUAGGUUGUGUUGCAAUAGAGGGCCAUAAGACAAAGCAAUGAAAUAGCAGUGCAAGGCAGAAAAUUGCUGGCUAUCCUUUUUUAGCCAUAAGUGUUUUGCUAAUGAAUUUUGUCAUUUCGUUUGUGUACUACACUUCUAGUAUUGGGGUUAAUGUUACAGUUUGAAGAUCAUUCCUCGCAUUCAGAUAUGAGCUAAGUUUGAAAUAUAUAGGUAGAUUUAAGACCAUAGUUUCUCUGAGUUCAUAUGAAAUAUGAGCUGUCUUCCUAUAAAAAGUGUGCAUCACUGGUGUGCAGGCUUUAGCACUAAAGGAUACAAAUUUUCCUUCCAUAGUACUGCUGCUUAAUGCCCAAAUUUAAACGAACUGACUUUGAAAUCUCACUGGCAUGUCAAGACUUUGAGUUUCUAGGCUUCAUUUAAUUGCCUGUGCCUGUAAUACAUGAACUGGCAAGUGCAAUUAAUGAACUUUGACCUGCUGCUUUAUCCUGCCUAAAAUGCUCAGAUUUUGCCUGACUGUCAAUGGGAGAGAUGCCCUCAUACUGUGUAGGAAAUGCAGAAAGAUAACUUUGCCUCUCAUGUUGAAAUGCGGAGCUAUUGGGACAGGCUGAGAAGAUUUAGUGCUGAAUGUCUCUUUAUGUCUGAUACAUACAUAACGUUUUCUUUUGCAGAAGACAAAGGAUAAUCUGAGGCAUUUAUAUCUUAUUUCCCUUAAAUCUCAUGGGAUUGAUGCUGAGAGAACCUAAACAUAGGAGAUCAUACUUGUGCAGCUUCUUUCCUACAGCUUCUCUGUUGUUUCUGGCAGUCUUAGUCGGAAGUAUAUAUACGGCGCUCCAAUACAAAGAGAAAAUUUUGAAUUGGAAGUUGGAGGAAAAUCUUCUGCGUACAUGUGAGAACCACUGUAGGCCUCCUGGAAGUAAGCCAUUGCCCAAAGGUAUUGUUGCCAAGACUUCUAACCUGGAAAGAAGACCAUUAUGGGGUUUGCCAAAGAAAUCGAACUCUUCAAGGAGCUUGUUCGCUAUGGCUGUUGGGUUAAAACAAAAAGAAGCAGUAGAUCAGAUGGUCAGAAAGUUUCUGUCGAGUAAUUUUGUUGUGAUGCUUUUUCAUUAUGAUGGUGUCGUGGAUGGAUGGAAGGAUUUAGAGUGGUCUGAAAGUGUGAUACAUGUAUCUGCUUUGCAUCAAACAAAAUGGUGGUUCGCUAAACGAUUUCUACAUCCAGAUAUAAUUGCAGAAUAUGAUUACGUUUUCCUAUGGGAUGAAGACCUUGGAGUAGAAAACUUCAACCCUGAGCGAUAUCUAUCAAUUGUGAAGGAUGAAGGACUUGAGAUAUCACAGCCAGCACUUGAUAUUGGGCAAUCAGAGGUGCAUCAUCAAAUUACUGCACGUGGGAGAAAAUCGAAUGUGCACAGGAGGACAUACAAGCCUGGUGGGAAGGGAAUUGGAUGUGAUGGAAAUAGUACGGCUCCUCCUUGUACAGGGUGGAUAGAAGUAAUGGCUCCAGUUUUUUCAAGAGCAGCCUGGCGCUGUGUAUGGUAUUUGAUCCAGAAUGAUUUGAUCCAUGCGUGGGGCUUAGAUAUGCAUCUUGGCUACUGUGCACAGGGAGAUCGAACUCAAAAUAUUGGUGUGGUUGAUGCUGAAUACAUUGUCCAUUAUGGCCUCCCAACGCUCGGAGAGCAUGAGAAAAAGACAAAUACUUCUGAAUCCAAAAACUUGACCGAUUCGGAAACACAUGUAGAGAGCCCGUCUAACCCAAUCAACUCCAGAGUUGAAGUAAGAAGACAGUCGUUUAACGAGUACAAGAUAUUCAGAAGGCGAUGGAAGAAAGCUGUUGAGGAGGAUCGGUGUUGGACUGAUCCAUACACAGAGCCAAUAAAGGAGAUCACCAUCUAAAUGGAGUCUUCUUUCUUUUCUUUUUUUUUUCUUUGGGAGGGUGUGUUCUUCCAAGGUUGUAUUCAUUGAUGUCAUUUCGGCCAGUUGAAACCAAGCUUAUCCACAACAGGCCAUAGGACUCCCCUCUUUAGUUUUAAGUCUUGCCAUUGGAUAGUAGACUUCAACAUUUGAAGAAACUAGAGACAGGUACAGAGACUAGAGUCAGGAAACAUGCAGGUUGGACACCUUCUAUCUAUACAAGAGAAAAAACAAGAAAAAGAUAGCGAGAAAAGCCAUAGUAUAUAUUGUAUAGUCUAUGGUUAAGAGCAAAUAAUUUUAGAUUGAACCAUUAAAUUUCUUGAUUUUCCUUCCCAGUUUUUCCUUUUCGCACACAAUCUGUAAUAUAAUUGUAAAGGAACUCUGAUAUCGUCAAAGUAAAGUUAACAUGAAUUUAUUCACCUACAUUAACUUGAAA